AGAGCGGAACUGUUCCCGGGACUGCGGCUCAGUGCAGGCCCAGCCGCCGGGCUCGGGGCAGCGAUGGGGGCUCUGCAGCUGGCUCAGGAUGGGGACCGGCUGCUCUACUGGGGGGCCGGAGUCAUCACUCUGCUCUUCACGCUGCUGGCAGCCUUCACGUGCCGCCUGCUGCUGGAUUACCUGGGGAAGUGGAAGGCGCUGAAGCCGAUUCCGGGGGUCAGCCCCUGUUACCCUCUGCUGGGAAAUGCUUUGCUCUUCGAGCGCAAAGGGGAAGAUUUCUUUAAACAAAUAAUAACCAACUUAGAAGAAUACAGGAAUCUACCCCUGCUAAAACUUUGGAUAGGACCAUUGCCUUUUGUGAUUUUAUAUCAUCCAGAUGCUGUGGAGGUUGUUCUAAACAGUUCAAAGCACAUAGAAAAAUCUUUUCCGUACAAAUUUCUACAUCCAUGGCUUGGCACAGGACUUCUAACAAGCACUGGAGAUAAGUGGCGUUCCAGAAGGAAAAUGAUAACUCCCACAUUCCACUUCACAAUCUUAGCUGAUUUUCUAGAAGUUAUGAACGAACAAGCCAAUAUUUUGGUUGAUAAACUUGAAAAGAAUGUUGACAAAGAGCCCUUUGAUUGCUUUCUAGACAUCACUCUCUGUGCCCUGGAUAUAAUCUGUGAAACUGCGAUGGGCAAGAAUGUUGGUGCGCAGAACAAUAGGGAUUCUGAAUAUGUCCGUGCUGUUUAUAAGAUGAGUGACCUCAUUCAUCAUAGACAGAAGUCUCCUUGGCUUUGGCCUAACUUGAUGUACCCUAUGUUCCAAGAAGGAAGGGAACAUAAUAGAAGCCUCAAGAUCCUUCACAGUUUUACUGACAACGUUAUUGCAGAAAAAGCCCAUGAAAUAGAGAACCACACACAACAGAAAGAUGACUUUGAUGACAACUGCGAACAAAGUGGGCCCAAAAGGAGAAGGGCUUUUCUUGAUAUGCUUCUCAGUACAACUGAUGAUGAAGGGAACAAACUGAGCUACAUGGAUAUUCGAGAGGAAGUGGAUACUUUCAUGUUUGAGGGGCAUGAUACAACAGCUGCUGCUAUGAACUGGGCCAUCUACUUACUUGGAUGCCAUCCUGAAGCCCAGAAGAAAGUUCACAGAGAAUUGGAUGAAGUGUUUGGGAACUCUGACCGGCCUGUCACAGUGGAUGACUUGAAGAAGCUCCGAUAUCUUGAGUGUGUUGUUAAGGAAGCCCUUCGUCUCUUCCCUUCUGUUCCAUUCUUUGCCCGCACCACAAGUGAAGAUUGCCAUAUUAGAGGAUUUAAGAUACCAAAAGCAACAGAGGUAGUUGUGGUUCCUUACGUACUGCACAGAGAACCGGAGAUUUUUCCAGACCCGGAAGAAUUUAGGCCUGAGCGAUUCUUCCCUGAGAAUUCUAAGGGAAGGCACCCAUAUGCAUAUGUGCCAUUCUCUGCUGGACCCAGAAACUGUAUUGGCCAACGCUUUGCACAGAUGGAAGAGAAAGCUGUUCUAGCCAUCAUCCUACGGCACUUUUGGGUGGAAACAAGUCAAGAGCGAGAAGGGCUUGGCCUCGUGGGAGAACUAAUACUUCGCCCACAUAAGGGCAUCUGGAUCCAACUGAAGAGGAGAAGAAAGGGUGUGUCAUAAGAAGAAAGCUCACAAGGAUUUUAGAUCUUAAAACGUGCUAUAAUAAUCUCAGCUAGCAGCUGAUUCUUCUUGAGAUUUAUGUAAAUCUCUGCAUUUUAAAUGAUUGUAACCAUUUAUAAAGGAACUCAGUAUCAAAUUA